GCGCGGCGGCUUCUGCCUUCGAUCGUCUGUUCGGGGAAGGCUCAGUCGCUCGUCGCUUCCCUGGCCUCAGCGGGCGGGCACUGCAGAAGAAUAUGCUCGAGGCCAUCCAGAUCUCGGAUAUGAGCACCCCCUUCUUCAAGGACGUGAAUGGCACAAUGCAGCGGAACAUGGCCAGGCACCCGGAGAACAUGAGAGCUCCGGGGUCUGUCAAGAACAAGUACAAGCAGAUAAUCAAGAGCAGCGGCAUCGUCGAUGGCGCACGUGGACAAGCGUGGGCACAGGCGCCGGCGAGGGCUGGUGAUCCAUAUCUGUUGAUCGGCUUUGGCACCGUCACCGAGGCUCUCUACGAAGCAUACGACGAGGAUCCGAUGAAGGAGAACCCGCAAAUUCAGGCGUCCGUCUCAGCAGGCCUCAACUCUGUGCGGUUUGACCACCGGAUUCCCACCGACGUGGUGAGGUACCUCCGCGACAUCCACAACAGCUUCUUCCACUUCGGGUCGGGCAUCAGCUUCCAGGAGUUCUACGCCUUCAUCUCACAGGUGGAGUCCUCCUGGGCAGUCUUCAGAAAAGCGAGCAACAUCACGUCGUCUUCUUCUGACUACGAGGGCAAAUACAAGGCAUACGUGCUCGACGUUCGGCGCGUCCACGGUCGUACGGUGUUCACCGAGAACCACUUCGACAAGACAUGCCCCCGCGACCAGUUACAGAAGAUGGUCAUGGAGCUUCUGAAGUUCUGCGUCCCUUUGGACGCGCCAGCUGGAUCGCGCAGCGCCCGCUUCGGACGGAUGCCAGAUUACAUCAUCCAGAAGACUGACCAAGCCAAGCGGCUGCUGACGCUCCUCGCUACGUCCAUGGAGCUAAGCGCUGUAUAUAAGAAGGCUCCGAAGGCCGCCGACUUCCCGAUGAAGGCCGCGUCGUCUACCAGCAGCGGAGCCUACAUGGACUUGGCAGAUGGGCUUCCCGAGAUUAUUGCAAACGUGGCGGCAAUAGAGGCGCCUGCUGGCCGUGGCCGUGGUGGUGGCGGCCGCGGCCGCGGUCGCAGCCAGAAGUGUCGCAAAUCCAAUUCGAGCGGUGUUGUCGAAGAUGAGGUCCUGUGCUGCGCGGUGCAGGUGCCCAAGCCAAGUGGACAGCAUGCGGUCCGCAACAAGUUUUGGCUGGGGGACGCGUGCUGGCUCAACGUUUAUUUGGCCGAGUCGUUCCCGAGCGCCCCAGACGAGGCGAUUGGCACCAUCACUGGACUUAUCUACAACGCGCCUUACGAACUCGGGCACGAGGCGAAGGUAUCCUUCAGCGGAGUGGAGCACACCAAGUGGUCUUCCCUACGCAUCGCGUUGAAAACUUACGGCGUCGCCUUCCUGAAGCAGUCUGGCACGGCGGGAUCCGUCUUACCCGAUCACAAUGGUGACGCGUUCGGUGCCGGCGGCGAGCUCGCCGCGUCCGCAUCUGGAGAAGUUGCCGAUCGACUGGCAACUGCGCUCGAUGGCCUUCCCGCGCCUGAAGCUUCCAAGCCAGCUAGCGCACUGAGGUUGGAGGAGAUGCUCAAUGGAACGCAUGAUGCCAUCGACGAGCUGAAGACGUUCAUUGGUUAUGCCAACUUCGACCUGCCUGUCUCCAGCGCGAAGAUGUUCGAGAAGCUUCGGCCUUGCGUCGUGUCGGCGGCUGUUUCAAUCGAGGAGGUCCUGUUGGAUAUUGGCAAGAUGUACGCUGGACUUGACGGCUUAUUCCCUGAGGGCCCCAAAGCCCUGCAACUCCUGUCGAACCUUUUGGAGGUCAGGGUGCGCUACUUUGUGUGCAUUGUGGAGAAUGUGGUGACUGCUACGGGGGAGGUGAAGAAUGCCCAUGCCUUCAAGAGCUUCGCGGAGGCAGUCCAGAAUCCGAUCUCAUUGUCUCGCCUGAGUGCUCUGGACGUCACGUGCGACACGCAGCGGACCUGGAGCAUCAACAUGGCAGUGUUGGUCGAGAAGGUGGCUGCUUGUUCGACGCUGGACGCGAAGAUGAAGGUACUCGCCGAGCGCGCCCCCCGGCGCCUCAAGGAGGAUGCAGAGCAGCCACCUUCGAACGUGAAGGGGCAGCAGGAAUCCAGCGACUCACCAGAAGCAUGCCGACUUGCGGAGGCAGUUCAGCCACCGUCGGAGCCAGCGCUUCCUUCCACAGUGACGCUGGACCAACUUUACAGUUUCGUCAAUGAGGGCGGCUCCAAGGUCCUGCGUCUCUCCGAGCACGCGAAGGAGCUCGGGCUGGCCACUACCGGCAACGCCAGAUCUUUCAAGGCCAAGCUGGAGGUUCUGAUCAACGACAUCUGCUUGCUCGGUAAGAACAACCACGAUGGAGUCGAGAUUGACCUGAGUGGCAAACAACCUACGCUGACGGCGACGAGCAACUGCAAGCAUUUGAUCUUGUACUUUGGCGGCACAAUCUGCACCACAAAUUAUGAUCCAAUGUUCCCCGUGUGCAAGUCUGUUUUUGGUGUAGGCUUCAAUGUCUGCAAGGGUACCCACGCUAGCCCCUCGGCGGACCUCUUCGCCCCUGCAUGGGCCGUCCCGCUGGUGAAAGAGGAGCAGGCCACCAUGCUGAUGGGCUCCGAGACGAUCAAGGUCUGGUGCGGCUUCUAUGCGACUGACCCGCCAAAUUGUCUGUCGCUCACCCACAUGAAGGAGCGCGGCGAUGCGCCUUCCAAGAGUUUCACGUUCGACAUCGUGCUGCGCUACCUCACGGUCAAGCCUCAUCACCACGACGCUGCGGACAACACUGAUGGCGAGCCUUUGAAGUUGACCAGGGCUGCCUACCCAGGCGAGGUCACGGCCAAGGCUCAGAAGGGGAAGGGCAAAGGCGGCGCCUCGGCCAUCAUGCAGUUCCGUGAAAGUGCAGGCCUGGCCCAGGCGCUCAAGGAUCUCAAGGAUGCAAAGGCUCCCACGCCGACCGGCGGGGAGGCUGAGUCCACGAGCACCGCCAGCAGCACCAAAACUGUUGGCAUCAAGCAUCUUUUGAAGUAG